AACAUGGCGGCGCCCGGGGCGGCGUGGGCUGUGCCGUGGGACCGGCGGGAUGUGCCGUGCAGCGGGCUGGACGCGCCCUGGAACCGGCUGGACGUGCCCUGGCCCACGAGCAGCGCCACGGUGGCGUUGGCGGCCGAACACCCCGCAGUGGGACGGCUGUCGGUGCUGCGGAGGCGGUGCGACACGGCCGGCAGGCGGCUGUCGGGGCCCGGGCUGGCCGCCGAGGGACGCGUCCUGCGCGCCCUGCUCUACGUGUUCCACAGCAGGCUGCUCCGCCACCGCCCCUACCUCGCCCUGCAGCAGGUAGAACAAUGUUUGAAGCGCCUAUGGAAAAUGAAUUUGGUGGGCUGCCUUGGAACUCUUGUAGAACUGAUUCCUAAGAAAGAUACAUCUGAAGCCCAUGCAGAUUGCUUGGUUCCCAGCCAGCCCAUGCUGGAAACAGUGGCUCUGAAGGUACUGGGAGGCUGCAAGCUCGUACUCCGUCUGUUGGACUGUUGCAGUAAAACUUUUCUCUUGUCCAUUAAACAUCUCUGCUCGAAGGAAUUCAUACUUCUGAACACGGUGGCUUUGGGGCUGUUGAGCCGACUAUGGAUUCAGUACAGGUGUGUAUUGCAGACCCUCAUGUCCUUGUAUGACGUCUUGUCAACAACACUUCAUCUGGUAUCUGAGACCCAACAGAUGCCUUACAUCAAGGGAUUUACCUUCCCUUCUGAUAUCAGUAACUUCCUUGGAGUUAACCUAUCUUCUGAGAUGAAGAAGCAAGAGGCUAAAAUGCUUACAACAAAAAAAUCUACCAGCUGGCUGAAGAAGCUCUUCCCAGCAAUGCCAGAGGCAGUAUCAGAGGUUGGGAAAAAGAGACAUUUUGUAACCUGUACAAGUGACGUGACAAACCACAGCAUCCCAUGCCCCAUGGACAUUGGAGAGACAGUUCUGGUGCCCAGAGCCAACAGAGGGAAGCACCUGGGGAUUGAUAUGAAGAGCUUGCUUAAGCCAUCCAGACCUCCAACACAAGAGGGUAUAAACAUGGCAUCAACACCUUUUAAAGCAAAGUUGGCACCACCUUCCUCUCAUGUAGCAAAGUCCCAGCAUACUGAAUCUCUUGUACAGAUGGUCCAAACAGCUGCAUCAUUUGGGGAGCUGUCAGAGGCACUCAGAAAAGCUAUUCUGUGGUGCAAAAACAAUAAAUUCAAAUCAGAAGCUUAUUUUCUGCGCAACAAGUUGUUGAAAAGCAACCGGCUGCACCACGUGGAGGCUCAAGGAUGCAGCUUGAAGAGAAAACUGCGCAGUGUCAAAACAUCUGUCCGUAAAUACCUCUUGUAUGGGUCCCAACACACACGCUGGCCAAGGCAGUACCUCGGGGCGUGGCUCUGUCCAAGGAGGAUCAAAUCGUCUGCACGCUUGAAGAGAGCUCUGAAGACUGUUCAGCAGAAGCCUUCUGAGCUUUCUGGGGUCUGUGACACAACUGCAUCACUCAUCCUCCCUGCCUACCAGGAUGGGCCUCUGAGUCAGAAAGAACGUUCUGAUGCUGAUACAGCCCCUGUCAGACUAAGCACAGCAGGGACCCCUAAGCAGCUGCUACUCAAAGGAAACCCCAGCCCUGUGUGUAAAGAAUCUACUGAGAACAUGGAUAUUGAUUCUAUUUUUGCAGCAAUAGGUGUCUGAUCCUGGAUUGAAGAAGUAAUUCCAAUUUUUUUUUAAAUUUUUUUUACAGUAAAAUGCUCUGAACUCUAAUGGUGUCUUAGUAACUCAGAUCCUGAAUUCUGCUAAGAAAGUAGCAACCAUUUUAUUAUGUUUUUGUAAAACAGCUUUUUUUAAUGGGUGUUUUUUUAUAUUUUAAGGGUGUUCCAAAC